AUGGGGAGCGUCGCGCAGGGGGGCUGCACCCCGUGUGCGCGCGGGGGGAGCCUGCCCCCCAAUAAAGGCCUGGAUGGGCGCCGCCCUGGCCCCCCGCUCCGGGCGCCCGCGGGGACACGGGCUCAUGGGGGCUCCGCGCGGCCAGCGCACGUGUCCAUGCAGCUGGAGACCCUGGAGCAGGAGCUGGAGGAGCGCCUGGAGUUCAGAGCUCACCCCAUAGAGAAGAAGAUCCACAUGGUGAGGCAGGGCCAGGAGCUGGUUGUCACCAGGACGCUCCAGGAGGGGCAGGCGGAGAGCGUGUCCGAGAGCUCCCGCCACAGCGUGGCCAGGCUGCGCGGGGUGCUGGCCGAGGGCGCCAGCCUGCUGCUGCUGCGGGUGCUGGCCCUGCGGCGCGCCGUGCCGCCCGGCCUCGCCUUCCCCACGCUCGACGCCGACGGCCGCCUCUGCACCUGCACCUACCGCGCGCUGGGCGUCCAGCAGCAGCUGCUGGGCUCGCAGGAGGCCGAGGUGUUUGUGAUUGAGCGGGCYGUGCACCCCGGCACCGGCGUCCCCGUGGCCUGGCACCUCAGCUUCCUGCAGGACGGGCGCCUGGCGCGGUGGGUGCAGGUGGGCUGCCCACUGGUGAUGCUCCUGCCACGCAUGCCCGUCCUCAUGGAGACAGAGGAGGUCGAGCCGCAGCCCRAGUUCCCAAAGGAGCCCCUGGAGUGGGAGGAGGACGCCCAGCUCUACUCGUGCUUCCUGGACAGGAAGGAGGAGCUGCAGGCGUCCCACGCCACCUUCGUGCGGCAGCACCCCGAGCUCCGCGCGCUGCUCGCCGACUUCCUGCAGGCGCUGCUGCUCCGGCGGCCGCCCGACCCCGUCGCCUUCGCCGCCGGCUUCUUCGCCCCCUUCGCCCGCCGGCGCCCCCCCGGCGCCCGCUUUGCCGCUGCCCCCGAUGCGCUCGGCGCGCCAGCUCCGGGGGAAUAA